CGAGACACUCAUGUUCCGCCCCUGAUAUCCCAUGCGAGGAAAAUCUAUUCCGCUCAUUCCCUCUAUUCGGCCUUUUGUUUGUACAUAUUGGUGCGAAUGGUGAUUUUUAAAAUUUAUUUAUUUAUUUUUAAUACACCCUCAUCAUAUCUGCUGCUGCUUCAGUGUAUUUUGUCCCCAUUAACCAACACUCAGCUCAUUCAAUUCAAUUCAAUUCAAUUCAAUUCAAUUCAAUUCAAUUCAAUUCAAUUCAAUUCAAUUCAAUUCAAUUCAAUUCAAUUCAAUUCAAUUCAAUUCAAUUCAGUUCAAUUCAAUUCAGUUCAAUUCAUUUCAGUUCAGUUCAGUUCAAUUCAAUUCAGUAUGCUUUAUUGGCAUGAACAUUUCUCCUCAACAAUAGAGAUAAGAGAUAAAGUUCUUUAUUUCUCCCCACUCCAGGGGAAAUUUACAUUGUUACAGCAGUUUUAUUUACAAUAUAUACAAGGGUGGCAAAAUUUUUAACAGAAAAAAUAAAAAUAAAAAUAAAGUUUAAAAGUGCAAAGAUGUGCAGUGCAAGAAUGUCUGUGCAAAUUUUAUGGUUUGGGGUGGUAAUGAUAUAGUCCAGUUUAUGUUAACAUCAGCCAGUGAUGCUGAUGUUGUAAAGUCUUAUAGCAGAUGGGAUGAAGGACCUGCGAUAGCGCUCUUUCUUGCAGGGUGGAUGUCUCAGUCUGCUGCUGAAGGAGCUGCUUAAAGACCCCACAGUGUCAUGCAGUGGGUGAGAGGGAUUGUCCAUGAUGGAUGUGAGCUUUGCCAACAUCCUCCUCUCACCCACCUCCUCUAUGGAGUCCAGGGAACAGUCCAGGACAGAACCGGCCCUCCUGACCAGUCUGUUUAGUCUCUUUCUGUCCCUUUCAGUGCUCCCUGCUCCCCAGCAAAGCAUCAAAGAUUUUGUAAAUAAUAGAGGAAAAAAUGAGAUGAGAAAAUGACAAAGGAAAAAAAAGCACAAAUUAUUAAGAGCAAUAAGGAAAUAAUUCAAUCACAAUAUAGUAAUAGGGAUGAUAAUAUGGAAAAUCGAUAAAAUCAUUUUAAAAAAGAAAAUGGUAAAGAAGAAGAAGAAAAUGUAAAUAUUUGUAUAAUAGGCGAUGUCUAAAAAUAAUUGUUUGAAGAUUACUGUUAAAAUUUUAAAAUCAUUUAUUUCAUUUCAACUUUUAAUAGUUUUUUCCUGUAUAGAGAGAGUGUGGGAACAAAGCCAGUAACAGCAGGAACAAUAGAAAGUUUUGAUCUCCUAAAAACAUCUAAUGCAAAGCGAAAAAAACGCGAACAACUGAUAAAUCUCACUUUGUUAUUAAAAUAAACUUCCUGUGCAUGUCACGCUGUAAUCUGAAGUUGAAAAUGCUAACUUAAAGUGCCUCAGUUUGAAAUACCUGUUUGUUUUAUGAUAUGAAUUGAGCAUUAGAUGGAAUUAAAGUGGUGCCUACUGCACUCUUCCAUGAAUCAGAUAUUAGGAAGAAAUAAAUUUUGAUUAUGUGGUAAUAAACUGCAAUAUCAAAGGUUUUCAAUUAUUUCAAUGACAGGCCCACAGUAUACAUAAAUGGCUGUGUCAGUAACUUUGUAACCUGUGUGACAGUAACAUUGCGCUCACUACUGUUUAACCCCAUUACCGUGCCCACAUAUGUGGACUGGCAGCAUGUCUCUGGUCCCUCCCCCCUCAAAGCGUAGCCUUUAAUCCCUGAUAAUCUCUGCAUCUACUGAAAGCCUGCAGUCAUGGCUGCACCGAAGGAAAAUUUACUCUCUCUUGGGCAUUUGACCAGCACUGAACAAAGCACUUUCACCAAACAAAGAGAGCACUAUGCAAUGAAGAGUGUCAACAGGCCAAUGUUGGCGCAAACUGACUUUUCAACUCUUCAGAGCCAACAACAUCUCAAAAAGAUGCACCUGCAGCAGCGCUGGCAGGAGCUGAAGGAGAGAGAGUGUGCAGCACAACAACACAACAGGCAGUUGCUGCUGCAGUUUGAGAAAGCUCAGGAGACACUGGAAGAGAUGCUGGUCCGCAACGCUGCCAUGAAGACUAUUCGGGUGGAGUAUGAGAGGUACCUGGUGGAGAGCUCCCCCCGCUGGCAGCAACAACUCGAGGAGAAAACACAGACUGCUCAGAAGAAGUGUCUUCAGCAGAGGAUGGAGGACUGUUUGAGGUCAUAUCAAAAGAUAACAGAAGACGAACCAGUGACAAAAUCCUCUGCAGACCAACCUUUACUUUCACAAGGUGCUAUCAAGAGGCCACAAAAAAUUGCUGCACCUCAAACAUACUCUAGCCAAGAGUACUCAAACUACAACCAAGAUGGCUUCUCUCAUCUUCCCUACACACAGUCCUCCCCUCUUACCCACUCUCAAUCCCAUACAGGUAGGUUUCCUAUCAGAGUGCCCUUUCAGCCCCACACUUCCUCUCAAGUCCCCCCAUCUUUCCUCCAACAUUCUCACCCAUUUCCGCUCCAUCACCUCACCCCCCCGCCUGGUCGUCGUCAUCAUCAUCAUCCCUGGCUCAGGCAGGAUCCACCAGGAUGGGCUUCCCAACAGCCCGACUACCCCUGGUCCUGGACUGCUGGAGCAGCUGGGAUCCCCUCAGGCCCCGAGGCCCUGUGGGGGCAGAUCUACAUGGAGGAGCCUCCUCCUGAGUCGAGGGUUUCACAGACUGUUAGGGAGGAAAAGACAAGCAGAGCGCCCAGCUCAAAGGCUGAGAGAGGUGGUGGAAGCAGGAGCAGCCAUUUGUCCCAGGAGCUGGACGUUAAACCAGUUCGUCUGUCCAUCGGUCAGGCAGAGAGCAGUGAGAGCGGCAGAGACUCCACUCUGGCCAGCAGAGAGACGAGGAAGAGGAGGGAGAAGAGAGGAAGAACACGGCAUAGCUCCUCAGACAGAGAAAGAUGCAGCUCUCAGGAGUCUUCCAGGACUUCCAGUGCUAUUGUCAUUGCCUCAGCUGCAGUGGCAGAAAGUUCAGAAAGUGAUGCCUCACCAGAGAAAGACUGCAAUAGCAACAGCAGUAGGAGGACAAGGAGAAGUGGAGGGUUCACCGUUGGAUCACCAAGAUCUGAGAAGAUGGCAAAGGGAAGGACCAACAGCAAAGGAGAUGAUUCAGAGAGCCAGCAUACUGGUGAAGAGCUGGGGAGUUCAAAUGACGAGUCCAAAAGGGAAAAUUUGGGGAAUCAAUGUCCUGAUGACACAUCAGAGAGCUGUAAAGAGGAGUCGGGAUCCCAGAGAGACGAGGAAUCAAGGAGCGAGAGUGUAAAGAUUGAAAAUGGAGAUGAAAAUGAAAAGGAGAGGAGCAGCUCUGAGGAAAGCAGCACAGAAGAAAAGGACAAAGGAGAGAGAAAGAAAGUUCUGGUUGCUGGAGAAGAUGAUGGAGAUGCAGAGAACAGCCAGAGAGACGAGCAACGAGAAGACAGAAAUAUGGAGGGAGAUGAUGAGCAGGUUUGUGCCAGAAACAAUUCAACAGAGGAAGAAGAGGCAGCAGAGGAGGAGAUGGAGGAUCAGGGGUGUGAUGAAGAGUCAAACAGUUUGAAGAAAAAAGAUGGGGAGAACAUAAAACAGGAUUCUGCCUCUUCCUCUCAAGAUGAAGAAGAGGAGGAGGAGGAAGAUGAAAGUGAAGGUAGUGAGGACAAAAUAGAAGAGGAUAAGGAGGAAUCAGAUGAAGAGGAGGAUGAGGAUGGAAGUGAAGGUAUUGAGGACAGUGUAGGAGAGGAUGAGGAGGGAUCAAAUAAAGAGGAUGGGGAGAGUGAGGAUGAAGAGGAGCACAGGAGGGAUGAAGAAGGAAAACCAGAGGAAAGAGAUUCAGACGACAGCAUCAUCUGCCCACAGCAAAAGAGGUCAAUACAGGUGCAGGUUAUUCCUGAAGAAGCAGCUGAGGAUGAUGAGGGUGAUGAGGAGGAAGAAGAGGAGAAGAGUAAAACAGGAUCCAGUAAUGAUGACUCAAAUGAAUUCAGCGAUGAGGAUAUUGAGGAUCUCCUCGCACCUCAGCAGCAAACAAAGGAAGAAAAGGACCCAAAAGCUGAGGAGAAGCCCAAAGCGUUUCCUGACAGUAUGAAGAUUUUUCAAGUGGAGCGAGACACAUCAAAGACAAAUCACCCAAAUAACUCUGAUGAGUUUGAUGACUUUUAUGACUAAAUCUGUAACUGCCUAAACUCGAGAUUCAAGGACAAAAACCUACCUCAGUUUUCUAGAAUAUGACUUCAGAGUAAUAUAUUUUAUUAUAUACUAAAACUAUAUAUAUAGAAAGAAACAGCAGUGUGUUGAUGUUUGCUGUACUUUUUAGGCCUUUUAAUUGGGGAUGAUUAUAUCAUCUCUACAAGGAUGUCAGAUUAUUCACUCCAUGAUCACAAUACUAUUAUUGCAGUAUCUCUAGAAAAUCUAAAAAAAAUAAAAAAUGCUACCAGUUAAAUUCAUCUUUAGCUUUGUUUAUUCUGUGUUUUGUCUCUUUUGGCAAAAAGUACGGUAAUUACACUCAAAACAUAAGUCUCAUUAAUGGUGCUAGAUUAUUUAAAAUAUUGUGUCUUAUUAACAUAUCAUCAAUAUUUCCUUCUUUAAACGUAAUGGUUUUUAAGCUGCAAUCUCAACUGGAAUAACUUCAGACUGCUGAACACAAACUGAACAGUUAUUUUAUUUUUGGACUACAGUUUAAAGUACAACAUACACACACACAGGAUUUUUUGGCAGGUUUCUUUUUCCUCCUUAAGAAACCUACUGUGAAACCUAAAACACCACCAGAGUAAAUAAGAUUGUGAAGAAAAGGAACAUUUCAUAAUGUUUGAAUGAAACCACAGAAUAACAACAAUAACAUUCCAAGUAGAAAAACUGUACAGUGUUGAUAAUUUAUUGAAGACAUUGUUGCUCCUCUAUUUGAGUGCCUGAUAUCCCAUAAGGUUAUGACACCAUCAACCAGAGUACAGCACAUUCUGACGUGUAAUAUAAAAAUAAAUCAAUAUGGGAAUUUG